CUGUUCUAAUUCAAAUCCCAUUUUACUUGUCUAUCCCACUCAACUCCGUUCAAAAUUUGCACAAGCAGACCAUCCAAUGGUAUGUGCUUAGUGAGGAGCAACUAUUCGGGUUUUGUUUUUGUUGUUCUAAUUUCAUGCACAUGUGUCCUGCGAGCAUGCUAAGCAUGGGUAUUUUUUAUGGUGUAGGAAGGGUUGUGAGCUCGGCUCAUCUCUGUACAAGUUGAUCAAGAAGACGUGUUCGCCUUGGAGUACAAGCACUCAAGCACUCGAGCGUUGCUUUGGUAAAUUCACUUGUCUCUCGUGCGAAGCUAUCCCGUUUCAUUCUUAAUGGUGUGGGGAAUGACGGUAGAUGGGAAAUCCUGUUGACAUUUAAACAUAGAAAUAUGUAAAAAAAUUACCCUUAACGGCAAUGAUUAAGGCUUAAAAGUCGGCCAUCGGCCUUUCACCACAAAUCCGGUGGGGGCCAAUCCCGUAGCGCCAAGAGCACCAACGUGAUGGUACGACCAUGCCUCCCCGGAUCAGUCCAUCUCUAUUUCCUUUACUCUCGACAUCUAAAUCUCAACUUCUACACACUACGCUCCUUCACUCAAAAAGCUAAGUAACAAGUUGCCACACAAUGAGUCUGCUGAAGCUCUCGUCUGAGCUUCUUCACGAGAUCCUACUCUAUGCUGUGCAUUCUCGCGGCGUUGCGCGAGCGAUGAGGCUGAGUCUCGUUUGCAAAAAGUUCAAGAUACAUUUGCCACGCGCGGUCUUCGAGUCCCGAAUCCUGGACGAUCACUUUACCAAGGGUCUGUAUAACGCGCUUAUGCCUACGCAAUCAUGGCAGAUUCGUAAAGACCACGGAGGCGUGCGUUUUUGGCACUCUUAUUAUGUCUUCAGAGUCCGCAUCGAGACGGUGCAAAACGGGACUGAUCCGCGAACUGGCCGCUACGUUGAGAUGCGUCAAAUAGCCACAGAAUUCAGCCGAUGGACACAAGUAAGCGUUGAGGAGACCAUAGAUGCUUUGUGCUGGCUGGCUCUCGAAAAAUGGAGGGAUACGUUUAGGAAAUGGGAUAAGAAAGAUGUCACAUCAGAUUUCGGCUUGAAUCUAUUGAGUGCAGCUGCCUAUUUUGACAGCAUGCCAUUAGCCAGACAACUACUGGCCCAAGGUCAUGAUCCAACAAACGACAACGACCUCUUUCCGUCACCUAUGGAGAUAGCGGCUUGGGCAGGCAAUGGUGAUAUGCUGCGGCUUUUCCAAGACUCCGUACCUGAGUUCGAAUACUCUCAACCCCGCUCUUCGGGUGAUAUAAGGAGCUGGCGGGGUCAGGUAGGACCGGGUUCCGUCAAGGGAGCUGCACUUAAAGGGGACAUAGAUAUGCUGAAAUUGGCAGUAUCCCCUGCCUCACAAUCAGGUCCAAAGUUUGAUAGUGCUCGCCGGCCGAUCAAAAAGUUCAGGCUUAAAGCCAUCCAAAGGUCUGCUCUGUGGGCUACUCUGCGAUACUGCAAAACUCCAGAGACUUUUGAACAUAUCAUCUCGCUUAUGGGAAGUCGGUUAUUCGACAAAGAGAGUCUUUUAGCGCACUAUGCUGCCCUUGGAAACGUGAAUAUGGUACGUCACCUUCUCGACGCAGGCGCUCAAUGGCAGGGUGAAAAUAAUUGCAACCCAUUGCAAAUUGCAGCACAUUACAGUCACGAGGAUGUCGUCGAUCUGCUUAUUGAUCGUGGCAUCGACCUCGGUGACAGCGAGGGUCAGGCACGCGGCACGCCGCUCAUGGCUGCAGCUUCUAGCGGUUGUAUGAGUCUGGUUCGCAAAUUUGUUGAUGCCGGUGCCAGAAUCGCGGAAGACGAGGAGCUUGGAAUCGCGAUAUAUUUAGAGCAUACCGAGAUGGCGAACUACUUCAUGGAUCUGUACUCUUCACAUCCGAAGAGUUGGUGGCGUCAUUUGGCAGCUGCAGAAGAAGACGGGUUGGAAUCGAUGGUUGAUUUACUACGGGCGCGAGGUGUCACACUGCCGCCUUAG